AUGCAAUUAGCAUUAGCAGCAAAAUACAUAGGAGCUAGUAUAGCUACAUUAGGAUUAGGAGGAGCAGCCAUAGGUAUUGCUUUAGUAUUCGUAGCUUUAAUUAAUGGUACAUCACGUAACCCUUCAUUAAGAAGCACAUUAUUCCCUCAAGCUAUUUUAGGAUUUGCUUUAAGUGAAGCUUGUGGUUUAUUCUGUUUAAUGAUCUCUUUCCUUUUAUUAUACGCUGUAUAA